CAUUUUAUUUGAUUUCAUUUUAUUUUUAUUUUCAUUUUCAUUUUCAUUUUAUUCUGCGAUAGUGAAACAAUAAAGAGAGAAUACUUCUGGCGUCAUUCAAGAAGACGAGUGUUAUUUUUACCGUCGUCGUAGGAAAGAAGGACACGCUAGUGAUUUUUUACACCUGGUUGGUAUGAUAAACAAAAAGAAAAAGAAAAGAGAAAGAGAGAGAGAAAGAAAAGGUAAAAAAAAGAGAAAGAAAGAAAGAAAGAUUUCAAGGCAGAACGAUCGUGUCAUUCGGCAGCAAGAUCAAAUAUUGUCGCACGGCGUUCUGACGUUCGAACGACGUGUCGAGCAAACAUCCCCUUUUCCACGUGCCCACCCUCUAGUUUCCUUUUCAUCCCCUACUUCUAUAUCAACCAUAGAACAACUUAGUCGUUCUGGUACGUCGGCCGAUCAGAGUUCACCUCGGUCACUCGAACUGGUUAGACAUGUCCUUCGAUAUUCUAAUCAUUUCAUCAUCAAAUUGAUCUUCAAUCCUUAUAUUAUUUCACUUAAUACGGGCGGUUGGUGAAGUUUUUUCUAUUUAGAUCUCAACGUUUUAAAAGAUGGGAAGAACAUUGCCCACGCCUGUCGCUUGCAAAGUUUGCGGUGAUCGUUCUUAUGGGAAACAUUAUGGCGUUUAUUGCUGCGAUGGUUGUUCAUGUUUCUUCAAAAGAUCCGUACGUCGUGGCACACUCUUCACUUGUAUAGCAAGUACAGGAACUUGUGCCGUUGAUAAAACGCGAAGAAAUUGGUGUCCACAUUGUCGAUUGAAGAAAUGCUUUUCCGUCGGCAUGAACACAGCAGCUGUUCAAGAAGAAAGAGGACCACGUAUACGAAACCGAACUAUUUCAUCGUCGAAUAACAAUAAUUCAGACAUUAUUUGGAAAUCAAGAAACAAUCCAAGCGACUCUUGUAAAAGAUAUCUAAAUACAUUCGAAAUUCCUUUAAUAUUUAAAACAAAUACGAUGAGUACAUCCAUAAAAUCGUUUUACGAGCCACGAACAGACAACGAUGCUUUACUUCCUGCGAUCCUACGACAUGUACAACCUCCGAGAUUCAUUGCACCUGGUGAUGCCAUUAGAUAUGAAAUUUCGGCACAAAUAUUUCUCGCUACGAUACGUGGGGCUCGACGACAUCGUGAUUUUUCAAUUCUCGACAUCGAAGAACAAAAUGUGAUUCUACGGAAAGUAUGGUCAGCGGUAUUCGUUUUACGUGCUGCUACUUGGCCUUUCGAUUUAACGAAUCUCGGUAUUACAAAUACAACAGGAAACGAAAGUGCUUUCGUUUCUUUACAAGCAGCACGUACUACGAUCUCCAAUUUGCGUCUUGAUGACACUGAAUUGUCCAUUUUGGAAACCUUCGCUUUAUGUCGACCUGGUAAACGUAUAAGAGUUUUUUUUUUUGUAUAUUUUGUUUCUUUUUCUUUGUCGCAAUUACGAACGUGAAAGUGAUUAAAAUUAUAUAUUUUUUCGUUCUGAAUUAAUUAUAUAAUUAAAUUUUUUGUUUUUACAAAAUCCUCGCCAUGAUUUUUUAUUAUUUUAUCAUUCAAUGAAAGAAAUUGAAUGUAAAACUAACUGGUAUUACGCUAUUUAAAAAUAUCAAAACAACUUCGAUUUUUAGCGAAGAAGUAAUUAAAAAUUUUUACUAAUACAAUUUGUUACUGAUAAAGUAUUAAUAAUUAUUAUUUUAAAAAAAUUGUCUUUUUCUUUUUUAAUGUAGAAAUCGCUCGUACUACAGAUGGCAUUCGAUUGAUAAUGAAAGCAAGAGAAUCAGCUGUGGAAACUUUCAUCGGCCAUCUUCGAAAACAAGGUGAUCGUGGUCAUAGAUUAACGCAAAUUAUGUUUUUAUUACCUAUCCUUACUGGAUGCUGUCCCGGAGAAUUAUCUAAUGAUCUUUUUGCGCCUAUAAUUGGUAAUAUCGAUCUCGAAAGAGUAAUAGCAUCGAUACGAUAAUCGAUAGAUUGACUCGAUAAAUCAAUUCUAAUUGAAUACAAACGUAGAAAAUAAACAUAUAACUUGAUCGAUGUUUUGUUCUAGUUAUUAAUCUAAUUUAUU